UAGAACGAAGAGACACCAGCUUUGAUUUUUCCUUAGUCAAAUUUGUCUACUCUUCUCCUCUGGCUGCUUCCAAUAGCAUUGUCGAGCUUCUUUAUUCUUUCUGCACAUAAUUUAAAUUUGCAGUCUCAAGAAAGAUAAAAUUUUAAUUAUAUGUGUAUAUAUUGACUAUCCACAACAAGAAAAAGGAAUUUCAUUUUAUGAUCCUCUUAGCUUCUGGCUUUCCUUCAAAUUUCUGACAACAAACGGUUUCAACCCUCCAUUUUUCGGCCAUAAUCCGGAUUCAAUUGAUCCAAUCGUCAGUACUAUGUUCACUGUGAACAAUCUUUGAGGCAGGGGCGAAACUACAUGAUUCAAAGAGGGUUCAAUUGAAUUCAAGUUAGUUGUGCAAUUAGAGUCUUCUAGUGUAUUAGCAAAACCGGUGGCUCAAAAAUUUCUUUAGGUCGCAGGUAUAAAUCUCUUGUAUUUUUAUUAGAAUUCCUGACUCCGCCUGUAAACCUUUUUCCAUCGAUGGGGGAUUGGGUAAUUGGAGCCUUAAUCAAUUUGUUAGGGAACAUUUUCAUCAACUUUGGAACCAACCUCCUUAAAUUAGGUCAUGAUGAGAGAAAGAAGCACUUUGUGCUGGCUAAUGUGGGAACAAAUGUAAGGGCUAGGAUGAAGCCUAUUAUAUACUUCCAAGCAUGGAGAGUUGGUAUUCUAUUCUUUGCUAUUGGAAAUUGUCUCAAUUUCAUUUCAUUUGGAUAUGCUGCUCAGUCACUUCUAGCAGCUUUAGGAUCUAUACAAUUCAUCUCAAACAUCGGUUUCGCCUACUACGUUUUGAACAAAAGAGUGACAAUCAAAUUACUGUUAGCCACUGCUUUUGUUGUCGUUGGAAACAUCUUCCUUGUAGCAUUUGGCAAUCACCAGUCCCCUGUUUAUACGCCAGAGCAAUUGGGUGAAAACUACACCAACAUUAUAUUUCUCUUUUACUGUCUCAGUUUGGUCUUAGUUGUUGCUUUACAUCAUUCAAUUUACAAUAGAGGAGAAGGGCAAAUGCUGGUUCCAUUUUCAUAUGCAGUUGUAUCAGGUGCCAUCGGAUCGUGUUCAGUAUUGUUCGCAAAGUCUCUUUCAAACAUGUUAAGAUUGUCAAUGUCUUAUUCAAUAUUCCACAGCGGGUUCACGUAUUCAAUGCUCCUGAUGUUUCUAAGUACAGGUGGAUUUUGGAUGGCGAGGUUAAAUGAAGGGCUUUCGCGAUUUGAUGCAAUACUUAUUGUCCCCAUGUUUCAAAUCGCUUGGACUUUCUUCUCCAUUUGUACUGGAUUUGUCUACUUUGAGGAGUACAAGGUGUUUGAUGCUUUAAGAACAACAAUGUUCAUUCUUGGAAUGAUGUCUGUGUUUGUUGGCAUUUAUUUGCUAGCGCCGGAUGAUGAUGAAUCAUCAAAAGAAGGUGAAGUAUUGAAGGAUGGUUCUUUAGUACUUUCAAAAAAUUCAAAUUUGUCGCAGGGUAUGGAGAGGCUGUUCAUCAUGCCAUCUAAAAACUCCCAAAUAAAGGACAUAGAGAUCAUUUGGACGAGUUAUGCUGAUGAAAACUGUUAAUAUGAUUGGACUAGGAGAACAGUGACAUUGGUUUGUUGGACGGAGAUGACAAUUGCACCAGCAUUAUCCCUCUCGUUGGAAGUUUAUAUUGUGUACAUAAAAGCAAUUUUUUGUGUAUAUAAAUUUGUAAAUUCCUUUUGACAUAAGAGAAGCUUCUACUAUAUUGGCAAAAGUAGCUUAAAGCAUUGUUGUAGGUUGCAAAUUAAACUCGAUCUCAGAUAUUGCAUUAUCUUCGCAUUUUUUGAA